AUGCCUCCGAAGAAGUCCAAUAGGAAGAAAACUAACCCUCCAACGAAUCCACCAUCGCUGCCACCUCCUCGGUAUGACCAUGCUGUUUUCCAAGCAGUAGUGACAGCCAUCGUGGCUGCCACUAUGUCGCAGAUCCACGCAAGUGGUACUAGCGGGGCGAAUAGUGGUGCCAACCCUUCCAAUCAAGGAAAUAGUCAAGGGCACCCAAGGGAGUGCUCCUACAAGGAUUUCACAAACGAUAAACCCAAGUCCUCUGAUGGAACUGGAGGUGUCAAUGUUUUAACCCGUUGGUUCGAGAAGACCGAAUCAAUAUUCGAGAUAUGUGUGUGCCCCGAGUCUAGCAAAGUGAAAUUUGCAGCAUGCACUUUCACAAAUCGAGCCCUCACUUGGUGGAACAGCCAAGUCAAGUCCCUGACUCUCCCGAUACCCAAUGCUAUGAGUUGGGAUGAUUUGAAAGAACUCAUGUUAGCAGAAUAUUGCACAAGGGGCGAGAUGAAAAAACUAGAGCAGGAGCUCUGGAACCUAAAGAUGAAGGGCUCUGACAUCGCUGCUUAUACUGCUAGGAUCAGUGACCUAGCUGUUCUUUGUCCCGGGAUGACGCUGAUAGACCAUGGAGAUCGCCAAGAUUCUGUGACAGCUAUCCUUGAGCAGCCCAAGGAAAGUAGUGGCAAGAAGAAAUUUUGGAACAAGAGAAAAGGGCAGUCAUCUCAAGAUCCCUCCAAGAAACAGCAAACUGUGGCAGUUCAUGUUGCUACUAUUCCUGCUAUUGUUCCUACUACUCAAACACCUCCCAGUCGAUACACUGGGAACCUCUCGAAAUGCAACAAAUGUAACUUCCAUCAUCAUGGACUGUGUCAAGAAUUACGAUGCACUAGUUGUAACAAGAAAGCGAAUACAACUCAUUUCUGCAAGACACCUGCACAUCCUAAUGUUCAAACCCCCGAAACUGGAAUAGGCCAGGCUUGUUAUGGGUGUGGUGAAACCAGGAACUACAAGAGGAAUUGCCCUAAGGCAAUAGAUGCUGGUAACACAGGGUGA